AUGGGCCUCGCGCAGAGCCAGCCCUCCAACACGCCGGACCGAGGGGCCGGCGUGGCGGCAUACUUUCUUCCAGCACCGAGCGCACAGCUGACACACGACCACCCGCGCUCGGCCUCUAUUGCGGCAGAGGUCGAGGCUGCGUUGGGGAGAUUGCCACCGGAUAUCGUGCAUCGCAUCAUGGAUCUGGCCGGGAUGUGGACCGUGUGUCGGAGGACCAACCGACGGCCGCUCGUCGUCCAUGCUGGCGGGGCGGAGCAUGGACUUGGAGGAACCGACUGGCGAACUGGACAAGAGGACGAGGCGGCCGGCCUUGUCGAUGGGCCUGGAGACGUGUGGUAUCUCGUCUCGGCGCCGGUCGGGUGUCUCGGAGAAGAAGACAAGGCAGGAAGGGGGAGGGAAGACUGGGACGCAUCUGAUGGCCCGGCCAUCUUGGGGUCGGAGAGGGCGGCAUGGCUCUCCGAAAGCCGGAAACAGAGGCUCGAACGGGAUGUGAUUGAACAAACAGAGGGAGAGGAAGAGGAUCAGGAUCAAGAAUCAAACAUCGAGCGACAAUGCUGGUGGCUCCGUCGCAUCGUGCUUGAAACCUUCUCGCGCGACCAGGGAUGGACGGUCAACGACGACCACUACGGCACGUACGUGUGGUCGUAUUCGUGGUUCGAGCUGGGUCUGUUGCGCGGCGGGCACGAGGUCGGGCCCCGGCAUCUCGUACAGUUCAAUGUUGUUGCCGGACAAUACUUCAAAGUCCACCGCGUCGAGUUGGACGGGACACAUCCCCUCGUUCGGGCGGCACGCGAUGGCGACCGCGUGGUAGUCUGGGUGCGCGCGAUGGAGCCCGGGUGGCAGAACGUCGUCAAACGCGCAGCGCUUACGCUGCACGCGGCGCCCUUUGCUCCUCACUAG